AUGAACCCACAGACCCCAAACACAAGUCAGGCGUAUCGGUCGACGUGGCCCUCAGAAGACUUCCUUCGGGAAGUGAUGCCGGUGUUCUGGCAGAACUCUCGCUUUGCCGACUAUCCGACUAUGCCCCGGCUACAGGCCCAGGUGCUCGCCAGGAGGGAAAUGCUGGCGCAAGUGUCCAAGAAAGAGAAAGUCGAUCUGGAGAGGCUUCUUUGGGCCCAUGCCCUCGUCUCCACCCGAGCUAUCGGUGCCUCCAUCGAUGCCUGCGCCCUCAUCCCGGGUGUUGAUCUGGCUAACCACGGUCCCGAGCCCAAUGCAGACCUCACGGUGGCAGGUCUGCCCGGCCUGAGAAGUGGUCGAGCCACCGUCGUCGGCCACGGAAAGAUUUGGGAACACGGCUCCGCGGGACUCGUCACUCGCCGGCCAUUGGCCGCGGGCGAGGCUGUUCGCAUCUCUUAUGGCAAGUACCCGAACCAACGGUUUCUGCUCGACUAUGGCUUCAGUCUCGGGGAGGCAAAUCCCCGAGGUGACGAGGAGAAGGUGGACUUGGCCUGA